UGAGGGGAAGAUAGUGUGAAGGUAACAUAGAACUGGUGUUUCUGAAUCUGCUAUUUUUGUUCCCUUUUCUUUUCUUUUUUUCUAACACUGGUGUUAUUUAACGGAGUCGUCUGUCUUUCUCCAAGGCUGUUAAGAAACUUCUCAACUAGCCUGCAUUUGCAAAUGGCUCUCCCGCUGUUGUUCCUCUAUCUUCCCAUUGCCUUCUGUUGCGAAACUGUCCCCAGCACCGAGUGUGAAAAGCCUUCCUUCGUACCUGGACAUAAUUUGGUGGGAGAAGGCUUUGACAUUGUGCAAAUGAAGACCACCGGAGCUUUUGUGGUGGAUGUGCGGACCUACAUGAGCGGAGGAGAGCAUGGCAACUGCACUGUCUGUGAGAACAAACUGCUCAACGAGAAGCAAAAGUUGCCAGCUUCUGUGGUUGACUGGCGGGUCAAGGUGCAGUGUCGCCGGAGUGUCGGCGCCAAGAUUUACGAAUCGGCCAGCUCGGUUCUUAAGGACACCACCAAUUCAGCCAGUGCCAGCUGGAAGAUCGGACUGAGUGUGCCAAUGGUAGCAGGUGUGGCUGUUGGUGGCACUCAUUCGAAAUCAGCCAGGUUUGCCAAAAGCCAUGCAUCUCAAGACAAGUACUCCUUCACAAGCCACACCUUCUCCUGCCACUACUACUCAUUUCGUCUUCAUGCUCGCCCUCCAGUGACCAAAGAAUUUCUGGGUUCCAUUACUGCACUUCCUGUUAAAUUUGACAGCAACACAGAAGGUGCGUACAAUCAUUUCAUCUCAAUCUACGGGACACACUUCUUGCGGAGAGUCGACCUGGGCGGCCGCGUGCAUUCAACCACCGCUGUGAAGACCUGCCAGGUUUCCAUGAAGGGUCUGUCAGUGCAUGACGUGAGCAACUGCUUAUCGGCGGAGGCGUCCGCCGUCAUCAAGGGCGUGAAGGUGAGUGCGCAAGCAGGCUACUGCAAAGGCAAAUCACAGAAACUGGAGAGAGGCAACAGCUUCAGCGGCACCUUCUCAGACCGAGUCACUGAAAUACUAGGGGGUAACGGUGAGCAGCAAGACAUCCUCUUCAGUCCAAGCAACGUUAGUGGUUACGGCGUGUGGCUCAAGUCACUGAAGAAAAUCCCUGGAGUGGUUUCCUACACCUUGAGCUCAUUGCACAUGCUGGUAAAAAACGACUCAGAUAGACGAGCCAGUCUGCAAGCGGCCAUCAGCAAGUACAUCACAAAAAGCGCUAUAUCUACUGCUUGCCCCUCCAAGUGCAAAGUGGGCCAUCGUAGUAAUAGCUGCGCAUGCAAAUGCAGCGGUCAUCAAAGAAUUGAUAGUAACUGCUGCCCAAGUAACCCAGGAGUAGCCACGUUGACCGUGACUGUGUUGAGCGGUGCAGGAUUAUGGGGAGACUACUUCUCUAAAACUGAUGGUUAUGUUAAAGUCUUUUACGGAAGCCGUGCGUAUGAGACCCCUGUGAUUUGGAACAACAAUUUUCCUCAGUGGAACUACAACAUAAAUUUCGAAACUGUAGAGCUGACUAAAAAAACGCCCUUGAGAUUUGAGGUGUGGGACCGUGACAACCGUUUUGAUGAUGAUCUGUUGGGAAAAUCGGCUACCAUUCCACAGAAAGGAAUGAAUCAGAAGAAGUCAUUUAAGUUAAAGCAUGGCUCUUUUUUGAUUUCCUACUCUGCACAGUGUGGCCCAAGUCUUACCGGGUCUUUCUGUGAAAAAUACGCUCCUACACCGGGUGGUGAUGGUACUCUAAACUAUUACCAGCCCUUUGACGGAGAACAGCCCAUUGUGUUUAAAAGAUCUGAGGGUUUUAGAAGAAAUGUGUCUUUGCUGUAAUAAUACAACAACUGCAGGAUGUGAAGAUAAUGUAAAUUGCUAAGGAAGGGCCUUCUAAUAUAAGCUAUUUGGGAUUUUUGCAAGUAUACACAUUGAAAACUGUUAUUAAAAAUCAAUUAUCAUUAUUUCAAGACAAAUUUACAAGUCUUUUUCAAUAGACAAAAUGUAAAAAAAAAAAAGAUUUUUUUUUCCACAAUUCCAUAUGUAAACUAUAACCACCAUAGUGAUUUAAAGAAAAAAAUGAAUGCUUUCAGAUGCAAUAAAAACUU